GGCGCUUAGCAAUCGAGUUAUUUAGACCAGCCAGCUUAAUCACUCUGCUUCCUGCUUGUGGUCAAGCGAGUGUGUGGAUCGAGCAAUGGCAGGCAAGGCCUCAGUCGCGCUGUUCCUCGCCGUCAACAUGGUCGUGUUCGCCAUGGCCAGCGCCUGCGGCGGCAACUGCCCCACGCCGUCGACCCCGUCCACCCCAUCCACGCCAACCCCGACGCCGGCCUCCAAAGGCAAGUGCCCCCGCGACGCGCUGAAGCUGGGCGUGUGCGCCAACGUGCUGGGCCUCAUCAAGGCCAAGGUCGGCGUGCCGCCAGCGGAGCCCUGCUGCCCGCUGUUGGAGGGGCUCGUCGACCUCGAGGCCGCCGUGUGUCUCUGCACCGCCAUCAAGGGCAACAUCCUCGGCAUCAACUUGAACCUGCCCAUCGACCUCAGCCUCAUCCUCAACUACUGCGGCAAGACCGUUCCCACCGGCUUCAAGUGCUAAGCAUCCGGCCGCGUGGUCGCGAGUUUAUGCACGCGUGCGUUGAUCGUUUGAAUUUCUGGUGUGUUUGGCUAAUCUGCAUUCGUGGCGGUCUGCAUGCAUGCAUGGAUGGGUCUGCGCGCGCGCUCAUGCAUGCGUGUAUCGAUGAUCAGCUUCAUUUGGUUUCCGUUGCUUGAUCUAUUGUUCGUUUCCCGUGUACUAUCUAUCCAGUUUCCGUCGUUUUGUAUUCGUUAUGAGUGUAUGAAUAAAGUUUUUGCAUUGCAGUUGUUCACUGCACUGUGUCUCUGUA